AUGCCGCGAUGUCUUGGAGGUCCUUCGAGGUCCACCCCUUCCUGGCCUUGCUGGAUCCAGGUAUAUAACAUCGCCGCUGUCAGUCCACGGCAACAGUCUUCCGCUGACCACAUCUCGUCAAUCAUGAAGAGUUUCGCCUUUGUUGUACUCGCCUGCCUGGUGGCUGCGAUCGCCUACGCCGAAGAGGAUACCCAGAAGUCUGUUGAAGAGGAAGCACCGACUACAGAGAAGAAAUUGUUCAAGAAAGACGUGACUAACGACCUCAGCACUGCUCCCUCCUACGGCUUGGGCUACGGCCUGUCUUAUCCUUACUACGGCUACGGAGGUCUUGGAGGACUCUCUCAUGGACUUGGAAGCGGUGGAUACGGAGGUCAUGGAGGACACUCUUAUGGACUUGGUAGCGGUGGAUACGGUGGCCACGGAGGAUAUGGUAAGGCCUUCGUCCUCCCGGUCUACAACUACGGAUAUGGCGGUCUCGGAUAUGGAGGAUACGGAGGUGGAUAUGGGAGCUAUGGCGGUUAUGGCAAAGGAGGCUAUGGCGGAUACCCUUACGGCUACAGCAGCGUCUCCCUCGGCGGCUACUCCCCCUGGGGCUCCAGCUAUUACAGCUACCCUUACGGAAGCUCUUACUACAACGGCCAUGGACAUCAUGGUGGAUAUGGUGGAUAUUACUAACCGACCAACUUUACCAUAUAUAAUGUAUUUUUUGUAAUUAUAUUUAUUAAUUGUAUUUAUUGUAUAAUAAAAUGUAUUUUUAUUUAAAGAAGAAUACAGUGUUGUUU